AUGAACAUCGAAGAAUGUUCGAGCCAAGAAGCGACGAUGGGUAAUUUCCGACCCAGCGGGAUGCCUUCACCAAGCGCUUUUAUCUACGUGUCCCGUGGCCCAUUCUCCGUCCAACUUGUCCAUCUGACUACCGCCCCUCUUCGCAUGCAGCCAGCAAAUAUCGAGACACCCUUCUCAGGGGCGGCAGGAGCAACUAUGGAAGACAAUAGAGACGUUCGGCCGAACACCCUCGACCGGGAUUUUGUUGCCCGGGAUCAGGCCUUUCGCCCUGACCCCGCGAUUGAGAGAGCGCGCGCCACCCUGAACCCUCCUCCGCCAGAGACUUUUGAGAAGUCCGUCUUUGCCCGGCCCCUGUCUAACAUCAGAGUACUCAAGGAAGAGAGCCUCACGGCCGGUGCUCCACUGCUGUGGCAGCCACUAUUCGACGACGCUUUGGAGCCUGUCCGUCCGAUCGCUAAUUUACCCGCAACGAACCCGCCACUCUCGAGGAUGGUUGUCUACAUUGCAGACAUCCAUCACAGCGACUGCUGGCAAGACUGGGAUCUCAUGGAUCAGCGGCCCGCGCCACUUGUCAUCGAUAAUUCAGGCGAGAAUGGCGGGGCUGGCAGGUCCAUCACCGUGGUCCAGUUCGUCCGUGAGGUCAGCGCCUAUGCUGAGACGGAGCCGCUCCGACGGGCGAUUGUGGGGAUAUUUUGGCCGCGGCCUGGCCGAUCUUCCGACGGAGCAUGGUUCGAUGGCUGCGCUGGGCCCGAGAGGAGUCGGGCAACAGCCCCGGACGUGCUCUUCUGGGUCGGCUUCACAAUCGGGGUAGAUGAGGCCAAGAUGGCCGAGCAUUGGGCCAGCGCGCGUGACUGCAUGCUUCGCAGAGAAGCAACGGCAUAA